UGGAGCGCUGACUGGGGGCACGGCGGCGGCGGCGGCGAGGGCUCGGCGGGCCAUUGGCUACCGGCAGCGGCAAAGGCAGCUUGGGGACUGGAAGAGAGAGUGGGGCCCGCGGGCCUGGCCGGGCUGACCUGGGCUGCAGCCAUGGAGGACCAGAGAGAGGCUCUGAGGAAGAUCAUCACAACGCUGGCUGUGAAAAAUGAAGAGAUCCAGAGUUUCAUUUACUCCCUCAAGCAGAUGCUGCUGAACGUGGAGGCAAACUCGGCCAAGGUGCAGGAGGACCUGGAAGCCGAGUUCCAGUCCCUCUUCUCCCUCCUGGAGGAGCUGAAGGAGGGCAUGCUCAUGAAGAUAAAGCAGGACCGAGCCAGCCGCACUUAUGAGCUGCAGAACCAGCUGGCUGCCUGCACACGAGCCUUGGAGAGCUCCGAAGAGCUUCUGGAGACAGCCAACCAGACCCUGCUGGCCACUGACAGCAAGGACUUUCCCCAGGCUGCCAAACAAAUCAAAGAUGGUGUGACAAUGGCCCCCGCCUUCCGGCUGUCACUGAAAGCCAAGGUCAGCGACAACAUGAGUCAUCUCAUGGUGGACUUUGCACAGGAGCGGAGGAUGUUGCAGGCAAUCACGUUCCUGCCUGUCCCUAGCGCCCCUGUGAUCGACCUGGCCGAGUCCCUAGUGGCCGACAACUGUGUAACCUUGGUGUGGCGCAUGCCAGACGAAGACAACAAGAUUGACCACUUCGUGCUGGAAUAUCGGCGGACCAACUUUGAGGGCCCACCCCGCCUCAAGGAGGACCAGCCCUGGAUGGUCAUCGAGGGCAUCCGGCAAACGGAAUACACCCUGACCGGUCUCAAGUUUGACAUGAAAUACAUGAAUUUCCGUGUGAAGGCCUGUAAUAAGGCAGUUUCAGGCGAGUUCUCCGAGCCAGUGACCCUGGAGACACCAGCGUUCAUGUUCCGCCUGGAUGCGUCCACAUCCCACCAGAACCUGCGGGUGGAUGAUCUCUCCGUGGAGUGGGACGCCAUGGGCGGGAAGGUGCAGGAUAUCAAAGCUCGCGAGAAAGAUGGCAAGGGGCGGACGGCGUCUCCCGUCAACUCCCCAGCCAGAGGUACUCCAUCUCCCAAGAGGAUGCCCUCGGGUCGUGGGGGACGGGAUCGCUUCACAGCUGAGUCCUACACGGUGCUGGGGGACACGCUGAUUGACGGCGGGGAACAUUAUUGGGAGGUGCGCUACGAGCCAGACAGCAAGGCGUUUGGUGUGGGGGUGGCCUACCGUAGCCUGGGUCGCUUCGAGCAGCUGGGCAAGACGGCUGCAUCCUGGUGCCUGCACGUCAACAACUGGCUGCAGGUCAGCUUCACUGCCAAACAUGCCAACAAGGCCAAGAUGCUGGACGCCCCCGUGCCCGACUGCCUGGGCGUGCACUGCGACUUCCAUCAAGGCCUCCUGUCCUUCUACAAUGGUCGUACCAAACAGCUGCUGCACACCUUCAAGGCCAAGUUCACACAGCCACUGCUCCCAGCGUUCACGGUGUGGUGUGGCAGCUUCCACGUGACGACUGGCCUGCAGGUCCCCAGCUCCGUGCGUUGCCUGCAGAAGCGGGGCAGUGCCACUAGCAGCUCCAACACCAGCCUCACCUAGGCCCCUGGGCUGCCCAUCAGCGGGCAGAUUUCGGGGGCCGCCUCCAGGCCUCGACUGUUUCAGCUGGGCACCCUCCUCUUACUUGCUGCUUGGAGCCUUAACUCCUGAUGGGGGGUCACUGACGGAGAGCAGGCACCCAGGUCGGGCCCUCCUCCUCACCUCACCUCCUAAUAAAGGUCAAACACUGGCCAGGC